CAGCUCAGCUCUCUGCACUCCAGCCCCUCUGCACUCCAAACGAUCCUCGUCAUGCAGUUCACCUCUUUCCUCACCCUCGCCAGCAUUGCUCUCGCCGCCGUCUGCGGUGUGCAAGCAGAGGAGAACAAGCGGGACUCCACGCCGCACCCCACCACCAUCUGGGUGCCCACCGCGACCGUAGUGGAGACCAACACCUUCACCGGGACGCGCGUCGAGCAGAUCUGGACGACGGUCGCGCCCUACGAGUGGGAGACGACGUUCCCCAUCACCUGGACGGCCACCCAGACGAAGACGCAGUUCAAGCCUGUCGUCACCAACGCCCCUGCGCGUCGUCACGCGCGCGACUUCGAGCAGUCAUGAGAUGCCUUGACCAGACUGCACGUUCUUUCACGAUUCUUUGAUGACUGCUUCAUGACCCUGUUGUAUCUGGAGGAUGUACGUUAGCGGGUGACGAUCUCGUUCGUGCCCGGAGAAAAGUGUCCCGACCGUUGUUCGCAUAGCGUGCUACGCC